AUGCAGAGUCUAUUCUUUACAGAUGACGAGAUUUCUCUAGUCUGGCGCCUUCUGGCUGCUCUCCUUCAUAUGGGAAACAUUUUGUUUCAAGCAGUUGAAAAAGAAAACAUAGAUGCUAGCCAGAUUGACGAGAGCAACGAUCAAAGUCAAGAAGAGUUAGACAAAACUGCGGAAUUACUUAAGGUGGUAAAAUUUGUUCCAAAAGUUUAG